AUUGGUUGGAGAGCGUUUCUCGUUCAUUUUCUCUGUCGCCUCAAGAAGACGCUGAGGUUUGAGGCGAUAGUAUAAUUUGGUGGAGUUGUUUAGGUCUACUACUCCGACAUGUCUGAGCAAUCCGAGCCCUGUGGCCUUAGUGAUGAUGCAGCGUUCAGUAUUUGUUCCGACCCCGACCCCAGCACGAAGGAUUUUCUGUUGCAGCAGACAAUGCUAAGAAUAAAAGAUCCUAAAAAGUCACUGGAUUUUUAUACAAGAGUUCUUGGAAUGACCCUAAUCCAGAAGUUUGAUUUCCCUACUAUGAAGUUCUCACUCUACUUCCUGGCUUAUGAAGAUAAACAUGAUAUUCCAAAAGAUGCAAAGGAGAAAGUGGCAUGGACCUUUUCUAGGAAAGCCACAUUAGAACUAACACACAACUGGGGCACAGAAAAUGAUGAGAAUCAGGCUUACCACAGUGGCAACUCAGACCCUCGAGGAUUUGGUCACAUUGGAAUUGCUGUUCCUGAUGUAAAUGUAGCUUGCAAAAGAUUUGAGGAUCUGGGAGUGAAAUUUGUUAAAAAACCGGAUGAUGGUAAAAUGAAAGGACUGGCUUUUAUCCAGGAUCCUGACGGCUACUGGAUUGAAAUUCUGAGUCCUAAUAACAUGGUGUCCCUGCUCUCUGUUUGAAAAACUGCAACAUUAUCUUUCAUCAAGAGACUGAAAAUGCUAAUCAGUGUUCUCCUGUUUGUGAGGUAUAUACUUGAUUUAAGGGAAGAAAAUUUGUCCCCAAACCCAAUUAGUACAUGCCAGCACUCUCACAUUCUCCUUUUCCCCACCCUCUGAUUCUUUUCAAUUUGGCUUGUUGUUCGAAAGUAGUUCUAGCACAACAUAUGUGGAGGGGAUGGCUGCAUUCAGCCUAUUCUCCAAACUGGUUUGGAGGCUUGAGACCUAAGAACAAUGUUCUUGUAUAUUUCUUCCCCUUUUCCACCUUGCUUUGUAAGUGAGAAGUGAUUAAAAGAGUCCACGUUUUGUUCAUUGCAAGCCAUACAUAGUAAUUUUCCCUGAAUGCAAAACAAAUUAUUUGGAAGCUGGUCAUCUGUUCCUGUUAUUCCUGGAGGAGGUGCUUUAAAAAGAAGCUUAAUGUUUGGAUUGUGAUAAUCAUAGUUGAGACCCCACAUCAUGGCUUGUAUUCCAAAUGUUUAAGAUCUGUUUGUUGAAAGUUGUUCAUUUGCACAGUAUUUCAUAAAUUUACUCCUGUCAUCAUGGUAGCUGCCUCUUGAGGAGGAGCAAUCAUGAUGAUUAUGAUUUAAGAAUGACUUAUGAACUCAGAUAUAAUGUAAACCAUAAUUACCAUAAAUCAUGAUUGAGCUAGCAUAGGUUCAGAUACAGAAACAAACCAUUGUGUGUGUGAUGACUAAAUGGAGCUAUUCUGGAAUACAAUUAUAUAGUGUAUGUUGUGCAGAAAUCUUCAUCAUAACCUAUUCAUGGCUGAGUGGAUUUUGAAUUGUUAGUCAGCCAGAUUUUCUCUUAGUCCAAAUAAAAAUUAGUUUUUGGUAGGAA